AUGUCGUCAUUUUUUUCUUCCAUCACCUCUUCUUCUUCGGAAACCAACCUAUUAACCGCAAGAACCAUUAUCUCAACUGCCGCCACCUAUGCCGCCGCUGCAGCCGCCUCCGCAAUGAUAGUCCGUUCAUUUACCAACGAGUUUUUACCAACGGACCUCCGUCACUACAUAUACACCAGAAUCAAACACGCUUUCUACCGUCUCUCCCCUGACCUAACAAUGGUAAUCGAAGAAUUCGAAGGCCUCGACACCAACCAAAUCUACUCCGCCGCCGAAAUCUACCUCGGCACCAUAGCUUCACCGUCAACCAAAAAACUCCGCGUAAGCAAAUCCGAUCACCAACAAUCCUAUACUCUCACAAUGGAACGUGACCAGUCCGUAACCGAUUACUUCAAAGGCGUUAAACUCAACUGGACUCUGUACUGCCGCCACGUCGAGAAUCUCCACCACAACCGCGACAUAACCGCCACUUUGAAAUCGGAAAUCCGUUCUUUGGAACUAACAUUCAACAGAAAGCACCAAAACCUGGUUCUCGAUCAAUACAUUCCGUUCAUUCUUGAAGAAGCAAGAUCAAAGAAACAAGAACUGAAAGCGCUGAGAAUAUUCACCGUUGAUCACCAGAAUCUGUACGGGAAUUUGAACGACGCGUGGGUGGGGACCACGCUGGAUCAUCCGUCGACUUUUGACACGCUGGCACUUGACCGUGAUUUGCGGGAGUUUGUUACGGGGGAUUUGGAAAAGUUUGUUAGGAGAAAGGAAUAUUACAGGAGAGUUGGAAAAGCUUGGAAGAGAGGCUACUUGCUGUAUGGUCCACCUGGAACUGGGAAGAGUAGUUUGAUUGCUGCUAUGGCGAAUUACUUGCAUUUUGAUAUUUACGAUUUGGAACUUACUGAAUUGAAUAGUAAUGACGAACUUAGGAGGUUGUUGAUCUCGAUGCCGAAUAGGUCUAUCGUUGUUGUUGAGGAUAUUGAUUGCACAGUUGAAAUUCAGGAUCGUAAUUCACAAUCGUUACCCCUCUCUGGCAGAAGUAGAGAUAGACAGGUUACACUAUCUGGGCUGCUGAAUUUUAUUGAUGGGCUAUGGUCAAGUUGUGGAGAUGAGAGGAUUAUAGUGUUCACAACAAACCAUAAGGAAAAGCUUGAUUCGGCAUUGUUGCGGCCGGGUCGAAUGGAUGUUCAUAUACACAUGUCCUAUUGUACUCCCUAUGGUUUUAGGCAGUUGGCUUUCAAUUACCUUGGGAUUAAAGAAGAUCCUCGGUUCUGUGAGAUUGAAGAGAAAAUUGAGAAAACGCUUGUGACUCCAGCUGAAAUAGCAGAGCAGCUUCUUAAGGGCGUUGAGAUUGGAACUGUUCUUGAAGAUCUGUUGGUUUUUCUUACUAAGAAGAAAGAAAGUCAGGAAGUUGAGGCUAAAAAGAGAGAACAAGAGGAGCUGAAAGGUGACAGUGAUGAUAGUUAA